AUGGCUCCACCUAAACCUCCAAACCCUUCUUCCAAAGAAAUUUUGGAGGAAGCUAUCCAAAUUUCUACAUUAAACCUUAACAAUGCUAUGGCUGAUACUCAAGAACAAUUAGAUGUGAGAUUUGCACAAAUGUCAGCAUCUAUUGCUCAGCAAGUAGGGGAACUUCAUACAAGGUUGAAUGCUGAAAAAGAGGAUGAAAAUUCCAAAUUUGAAGCUCUCAUGGCUGCCAUUCAAAAGGCAGGACUGCAAGGGGAUAAACAAUUUAAGGUGACAGCUGCUGCUGCACAGUCUGCCUCUACUUCAGGUACUGCACAAAAUUCCUCAACCAUUUCUUUUGGUUCUCCCCCAUUCACACAUACUCUCACACCAGCACACUCACCUCUUAGACCAUCACCCAACAACCUGACUUCUACCCCCCAACCUGCUGUCGUGAUGACGUCAGCACCACAACUGGUGACAUCAGCGCCACAACUGGUGACGUCAGCACCACCUAGCCCUUUUAAUACAUACCCAUCUUACAUACACCCCCAGACUGUUUUCUUACCACCCCAGCCCCUUUCCCUUCCUUUCCCACAACCAGAAUUCUACCCACAACACCAUCAAAUUCCUACUUUACCCCCACUCCGAUCCCCUAAACUUGAACUAUCCUUAUUUGAUGGAUCUAACCCGUUGGAAUGGCUUUUUCAAGCGGAUCAGUUUUUUAGUUUUUAUAAUAUGCCACCGGAGAAUCGUUUAUCUCUUGUUUCUUUUUAUAUGAAAGGAGAUGCUUUAAGUUGGUUUAAGUGGAUGCAUCAAAAUCGCUUGUUAACUACUUGGGGGUCUUUUACAAGAGAAUUAGAACUUAGAUUUGGCCCAUCUACUUUUGAGAACCAUCAAGCUGAAUUAUUCAAGUUAAAACAACUAGGAUCUGUUAUGGAGUAUCAAACUAAAUUUGAGCAACUUGGCAACAAGGUUAUUGGGCUGCCAGCUGAAGCAAUUUUAAAUUGUUUCAUAUCAGGAUUACAAUUGGAAAUUCAAAACGAAUUGGCCAUUCACAAGCCCACCACUAUAUCCCAAGCCAUUGGCCUUGCUAAAUUAAUAGAGUCUAAGCUUAAAGACUCAAAGCCCAAAUUUUCCAAAUCUUUUCCCACAAAUUAUCCCAAACAGCCCUUACCUCAUCCAACCCUCUCAAAUCCCAAAGCCCUCUCUUCACCCACACAAAACAACCAAUAUCCUCCAAAAACCCCCACAACACAGCAGCCCAAAACACCAAUUCGUAAGUUAACUCAGGCCCAAUUACAAGAGCGACGCGCGCAGGGACUUUGUUUUAAUUGUGACGAAAAGUUCUUUACUGGCCACAAAUGUUCCACGGGCAGAUUCCUUAUCCUAAUUGCUGAUGAUGACAUCAGCAAUGAUCAACCAGAACUUGAAGAGAACAUUAUUGAUACUGCUGACACUGAUUUGAAUGACACUUACUUUCAGCUCUCCCCCCAAGCGGUAACAGGCCAAUUUUCCCCACAAACACUCAAAUUCAAAGGAUCAAUUGCAGGACUGCCAGUGAUGGUUCUCGUAGAUACGGGGAGUACACACAAUAUUAUGCAGCCUAGAAUUGCCCAUCACUUAAAUCUCCGCACUACCCCUAUCAAUCAAUUUUCAGUUAUGGUGGGUAAUGGUUCUCAUUUGCAAUGCGAAGGAAUAUGUAACCAGGUGGAAAUCUCUCUCCAAAACAAACCUUUUACGCUCCCUUUUUACUUGCUACCAAUCGAAGGGGCAGAUAUUGUGUUGGGCAUGGCUUGGCUAAGGACACUUGGUCCUAUUCAAGCAGAUUUUUCAAUUCCUUCCCUCACCUUCCAGCAUCAAAAUAGACCUCUAACCCUAACCGGCGAUCCUAGCUCUAGACCCAUGCACACAACUUUCCACCAAUUACGUCAACUAAUACAUACAGAUUCAAUUGCCUCUUUUCACUUGCUGCUUUUCGAACCAAUGGACAAACCAAUCAACACAACAGCCUCACCAACUCUUGACAAAUCUUCUACCACCUUACCAAAACAGAUUUUCAAACUUUUAACCAAUUUCCAAUCAAUCUUCCAACAACCAACAGGCCUACCCCCCCCAAGACCACAAGACCACCAUAUUAACCUUUUUCCAAACACUCCACCCAUCAAUGUUAAACCUUACCGAUAUCCUCACUCAAAAAAAGAUGCCAUGGCUAGCCUAAUUCAACAAAUGCUUAAGGAUGGUACAAUUAUUCCUAGCACAAGUCCCUUUUCCUCACCCGUCCUACUUGUGAAAAAGAAAGAUGGUACAUGGCGGUUUUGUGUGGACUAUCGUGCCCUCAAUGCUGUCACUAUCAAAGACAGAUUCCCUAUCCCAACUAUUGAUGAAUUACUAGAUGAGCUUGGCUCAGCUACAAUUUUCUCCAAGAUAGAUCUAUGUUCAGGUUACCACCAGAUCAGGGUUGCAUCGAAAGACACAUAUAAAACAGCUUUUCGAACUUUUGACGGACACUAUGAAUUCCUAGUUAUGCCAUUUGGUUUAACUAAUGGACCUUCUACGUUCCAGUCAGCAAUGAAUGAUUUACUUAGACCUUUUCUCAGACGCUUUGUCCUAGUUUUUUUUGAUGACAUUUUAAUUUACAGUUCCAAUUUUAGUGACCACAUUAAACAUUUGCAGGUGGUGUUUGAACUUUUACAGCAACAGUCAUUUUUUGUUAAGCUAUCUAAGUGUGUUUUUGCAGCUAAUCAGAUUGACUACUUAGGGCAUAUAAUUUCGGCGAGUGGUGUUGCACCCGAUCCAGAAAAAGUAAAAGCUAUUUUAGAUUGGCCACAGCCACGUUCUCUCUCGACUCUCCGUGGAUUUUUAGGGCUCACCGGUUUUUAUCGUAGGUUUGUUCAAAACUACGCCUCUCUCGCCGCUCCACUCACCGAUUUACUUCGUUCCACUAAAUUUUCUUGGAGUACAGAGGCUGACAGCGCUUUUACAAUGCUCAAAAAUAAAAUGACAAACAUGCCAGUUUUAGCGCUGCCAGAUUUUACAAAAAUAUUCAACAUUGAUACAGACGCAUCCGGAAUCGCCAUUGGUGCUGUUUUAUCGCAAGAGGGUCACCCGAUUGCUUUCUUCAGUAAGAAGUUGUGUCCACGAAUGCAGGCGGCUUCAGUGUAUGUUCGAGAGAUGUUGGCCAUCACAGAAUCUGUAAAGAAAUGGCGUCAAUACUUGAUUGGUCACAAAUUCCACAUUUAUACAGACCAGAAAAGUUUACGAGAUCUAUUGCUACAACGUAUUCAGACACCAGAACAACAACGGUGGACGGCUAAACUACAAGGUUUUGAUUUUGAAAUUUCGUACAAACCUGGGAAGUCAAAUCUGGUUGCAGACGCUUUGAGUCGUAAGUUUGACAAAGAGGAAGCACUAUUGUUGGCUCUAUCUUCCCCUGUCCCAGAUCUGUUCAGGACCCUGAAGAAAUUUUAUCAAACAGACAGGGUAGGUCAACAACUGUUAACAUUAGCUUCUCAGAAUAGCGAGGAGUACUCAAUAUCACAAGGACUACUUUAUUUCAAAAAAAGAGUUUACGUACCAGAUCUGGAAAAUCUCCGCCAACAAAUCUUGACUGAAUACCAUCAUACGCCAGAAGGAGGCCACUCUGGUGUUAAGGCUACAUUAGCUCGGUUACGUGCUUCUUUCUGCUGGCCCGGAGUGUACCUCGCAGUGAAAAAUAUGGUCAAACAUUGUACCAACUGCCAACAGAACAAGUACGAAACACAAAAGAAGAAAGGAUUGCUACAACCCCUCCCUAUUCCAGAUAGAGUGUGGGAGGACAUUACAAUGGAUUUCAUAACGAACUUACCGAACUCUAGCGGUCACACUGUGGUGUGGGUUCUUUGCGACCGUCUAAGCAAGUUUGUUCAUUUUCUGCCACUUCCUACACACUUCACCGCUCGCGAUCUAGCAGCUCGUUUCACUGUUGAAAUCUUUCGCCUUCAUGGCAUUCCAAGAUCAAUAGUAUCUGACCGAGAUCCAUUGUUUUUGAGCAAGUUCUGGAAGCAUUUUUUCAAACUCCAAGGCACCAACCUGCGUUACAGCACCUCUUAUCAUCCUGAGACGGACGGACAAACUGAAGUAGUAAAUCGGUCUUUAGAAACAUACCUGCGUUGCUUUGCUGGAGAGCACCCCCGAAAAUGGCAUCAGUUCUUGCACCUAGCUGAGUAUUGGUACAAUACAACAGAACACACCGCCAUCCAAAUGUCACCCUUCAAAGCUUUGUAUGGACGAGAUCCUCCAAAGCUCAUAGACUAUGUUACAGGUUCAGCAACGGAGGAAUCAUUACACAACACCUUGCAAGAACAACACAACGUGUUAGCAGAGUUAAAAUCGAAUCUGAAACGCAGUAGGAUCGUAAUGGAAAAGCAAGCUAAUAGCAAACGACGACCAUUUACCUUUCAUGAAGGGGAUCUAGUCCUGUUAAAGCUGAAACCCUACCGUCAAACAACAGUGGUCCAUCGUCAGUCACAGAAAUUAGCAAAGAGAUACUUUGGUCCGUAUAAGGUGAUUAAACGCAUAGGAUCUGUUGAUUACCUGCUCGAUCUGCCUUCCUCCUCGCGUAUCCAUCCGGUUGUUCAUGUUUCUUUGCUGAGAAAGUAUCACGGUGAGGAUCCAUCACAGGAAUUUUGCCCUCUUCCAAUACCGGAUCUGGUUCGCCUGUCCACCAUCAACGACCGGGUAACAACGUUGGAUGACCUGCAGAACAAAGAUCCACCACAAGUUAGCAAGGCAAGAAGUAACAACUCUCUACGAAAGGAUACACGACCUGUACAAGUCUUACCUCAGGGAUUGGAACCAUUUGCGGUUUCAGCGAACAGCGGUGAAGAAAGCUGGGAAGUAACGUGCAAGGGAAGCGGUGAAAAGAGAAAGAUGUUUCGGCAACAGUCUAGGCAAGAUAAAGCAGAGAAGGGAGCAGGUGUGAAGCUUGUGGGUUUUGACGAGAGAAAAAGUAAGGGAAGUGGUGGAAGUGAAACUGAAUUGGUACUUAACUCCUCAUCUGCAUUAGUAAGUAAACAUAAGGGUUUUGACAAGAGUGCCCCUAGUGUUUCCAACGGAUCUGUCCCCACUAUCAAUAAAGUUUCACGUGUUCUCCAAAAAGCCAGCUGUAACCCAGCCACACACGUUUCCCAAACCCCACACACUGCCCAAGAGAUAACAUCCCUUACCAAUGCUCAAUCACAGCCGUCCAUCCAGAUUGCGCCGGAUCCUCUCACGAUUUCCUUAUCUCCAGCUUCACAGAUUCCCGCGCCCAAGAUAUCUCCAAACACAAGUGGAUUAUCUGGCUUUGUUGGACCCACGGUUUUGUGCCCCAACUCACUCCCAAGGGAUACUUCAACAAGCCCAUUACCUUUGAACCUUGAGGACAAGGUUCUUUAUGGGCCACAGAGUAAUGUUAUGAAGACAACAAGGCCCAGCAGAAUUAAGAAGCCAUCUAUUUUACUAAAAGACUUUAUAGUAAAUUAG